AUGAAGGCGGCUUCAAAGUCUUUUUCUUUCCGACGAGACAACACAAGACCGCCACAACACAUCAUCUCAAACUUCAUUUUAAUUGCUAUGCUUUCACAUCUCUUCACCUCUGAAGAUUCUCUUUUCAUAAUGAAGGUGCUUGAAGAGCCAAGUACUCCAAAUAUAGACACCAACCUCACCUCGCAUUUGAGGAAUAAAUUAUCUCAAUAUACAAAAUAA